CCUCAUUACCUAAACCGCGUUGAUAUAUCUGAAUGCUUUUAUCUAUAAUAUAACGACAAUUCUAUAAUAUAUCGACAUUCAUUGUUCAACUAUUAUAUCUCUACCCACAAAUAUCACGACCACAACACCCCAUCACCAACAACACAUCAACAACAAUACUAACAUCCGAACGAUUUCAGUAACUACAAAGCCGUAUUUUCUGUCUGUUUAAUGAAGCGCACGUUUCUAUUUAAUUACCUUUCUGGCUUUUUUUCCUUUCUUCUAAGCAAUAAAAGAAAACGUAUUGAAAUGCUUUUGUGUGUUUAAACUUCAGUGGAGAAAUACUGGUUAUACGUAAGCUAGUUUAAUGCCAGUGGAUGGUACAGACAGUAGUGUACUGUCUGCGCGUUUUGGUCACAUGUGGACGCAUCUAAGUCUGUAGGUAAUACUGAUUACAGAACUUAGGACUGGGAGCAGUACUGGCAUUUAUAUAGAGUCCUGACAUUUGUAGACCCUACUAUGGGUAAUAGGGGCAACUACUGACCGUAGAAGAGAGUAGGGACAGCAGAGAAAAUUAACAGUUCUGACAUCAACCCCUCAUAUAACCAACUAAAGUGAAAGGGCUACUCCCUAUCUCAGUGAAAAUCAGGAAUUUAGUGAAGCUUACUAUGAGCUUUUGGGGCCUGGUUAUUCCUUUGGCUACCUUCAGACAUCUCCAGAAGAACAGUUCUCCUCAACAGAAAAUCUACUGGAAUGUGCUGGCAUCGCUCUAAACAGCCAAUCGGAGUUUUUUACUUACGACACGGUCAGCUACGUUUGUAAGAAUUACUCACCGAAAAAUAUGAUGACAGUCGUCAGCGCGAAUAACAGCAACGAGCUGUCCUAUUACAAAAAUAGCGUGUGGAUUAAAAUCUAUUCGUUAUCAACGGAAGCUGGUUUGAAAGUUUUUGAUUCCUAUGACAGUAAAGGUAAUCUUUCAUCCUGGAAGGUGAACAAAUGCAAUGAUACCUUUUGUCCCAACUUCUUCCGAAAUCCUAUCCUUGAUUCCUGGGAACAUUUUCCAGUUGACGAGGUGAAACUGGUGAUUUAUAAAAACCAAACAGCUGUGGUUAAUAUGGUGUUUGAUGGACAAAAUACAAAUCGUGAAACCUGGUUCUCUCAUGAAAAGCUGAAAAGUUCCCCAUGGAAUGAUCUAUCUUCAGCCACCCCAAAUUUUUUCUCAAUUCGGGGAUUUAGAGAUACUCGUCGCUUUUAUAUAACAAAUCACAAUCUGUGUUCAGGAGACAACGGCUGGCUGGCCAUCGACGAUGGCCCAUUUUACUGUUCGUAUGAAAAAGGAAAGCACUACCCUUUAAUCCGUUAUUCUGGUACAAAAUCUAAAGUCACAUGGAGCCAGGGAUAUAGUACUGGUGAUGCCAUAAGCAUCUUCAUCCGCUUAAAAACCUAACUAACCAAUCAAAAGAUUUCCUGCAAUUGACGUCCAUCUCUACAAGGUGACCACCACCACUGAUCAUGAUUUAAGAAUUACAAGUUAAUAAAAACCUCACAUUGUAGCUACUAA